AUACUGGGACAAAAGGAAGCCAGAGCCAAAGACAUUAAAGGUUUUCUCCGCAGAAAUGCUUUUGUUCUUCUCACUGCGGCUGCUGUUGUCAUAGGGAUCGGCCUGGGUGUCGCUCUGCAGUCCUGCAACAUGUCAGACAGAGAUAUCAUGUACUUUACCUUUCCUGGAGAGCUGUUGUUGCGAAUGCUGCAGAUGUUGGUGCUUCCUCUCAUCAUCUCCAGCGUGAUUACAGGCAUGUCGUCUGUGAACAGGAAAGAUUUGGGGAAAAUGGGGCUCCAGGCUCUCUGCUAUUAUGCAGUGACGUCCCUCAUGGCUGUGUUCACUGGCAUCGCCCUAGUUGUUCUUAUCCAGCCAGGCAAAUCACCUGAGAACACUUCAGCGCCCUCGGAUGGUGAAGUGGAGGCUGUGCACACUGUGGAUGCCUUCCUGGAUCUGCUCAGAAACAUGUUUCCCUCAAAUUUGGUGGCUGCUUGUUUCAGUCAGUAUAAAACAGUUUAUUCCAAAAGCAAAAGUCUUGGUGUUGUCAAUCUGACUCAAACAAGUGAGUUCACUGACACUGUGCCAAUGCCAGGCACCUCAGACGGUUUCAAUAUUUUGGGUUUGUUGGUCUUCUGCAUCGCCUUUGGCCUCAUCCUGGGCAAUAUGGAGAAAGAGGCGAAACCUCUGCAGGACUUUUUUGACUGCCUGAAUAAAGCCAUCAUGCAUCUGAUCGGCAUAGUCAUCUGGUAUUCCCCAGUGGGUAUCCUCUUCUUGGUUGGAGGGCAGAUUUUGAAGCUGAAAGACGUUGGCGUUAUAGGCCGCCAGCUCGCCAUGUAUUCUGUCACUGUGAUCACUGGCCUGCUGAUCCACAGCUUCUUCACCCUGCCCGUCAUCUAUGUCAUCAUCACACAUAGUAAUCCCUUCAGGUUUAUGGCUGGUCUACUCCAGGCUUUCACCACUGCCUUUGGGACUUCAUCCAGUUCUGUGACCCUUCCCAUCACCAUCAACUGUCUGGAGAACAAUCUUAACAUGGACAAACGGGUGACACGCUUCAUGCUGCCUGUAGGAGCCACAAUGACCAUGGAUGGCACAGCACUCUAUGAGGCAGUCGCUUCCAUAUUCAUCGCCCAAGUUAAUAAUAUGGAGCUCGGUGUGGGUGAAAUCAUCAUCAUCAGUAUCACUGCCACAGUUGCAGCUAUUGGAGCCACAGGCAUCCCACAGGGCGGCAUGGUAUCCAUGGUGAUGGUGUUGACCUCAGUUGGACUGCCCCCUGAAGGCAUUUCAUUUAUCAUCGCGGUUGAUUGGAUGCUAGAUCGUUUGAGGACGACCACUAACGUGCUGGGUGACUGUAUCGGCGUGGGUGUCGUGCAGCAUCUCUCCAGACAUGAGCUGCAGAGCUCCAGUCCUACAGACGCAUGCUUAGUGGAAGAAAACGGAGCGAGACUUAGACUAGACUUAGAUUAG